AUGCUGGAGGAUGUAUCUGUUGUGGAAGGACCCAGUGAUUCGGCGAAUUUCUCAUUGCAGGAUGAAUCACUGGAUGAGAAUAGACUGAUGAGGGAUGAUCUAGACGAUGCUGAUGAAUUGGUUUUCGAUUUUGAGGCUUAUCCAAUGUAUGAUGGUGAUAAAGAGGGCCUUGUCAAUCUGUUAACACAGAUCUUUCUUCGUGCCGAUGUCGACGUGAAACAGAUGGCUGAUAUCUUAGUGGAACAGUCACCAUUUGGCUGCAUUUACCGCCCUGCCGAUGAAUUUAUGGAUGAAGAUGAUGAAGGUGUUGUGUAUGGUGUACUGUCUAUGUUAAAAUUGGGUACAGAUCAGAAAUUCCAAACUGAUAUUUGGACUUUGCUGAAAACAAGAGCACGAAAAUAUUCAAUUGAUAAAAAAAUACUGUCGAUUUUGAAUGAUUUAUCAACUGCAAAAUCAGACAUCCAUGUUGGCUUGCUAAUCAACGAGAGGUUGCUCCACUUUCCCGCAACUAUUGCUUCCCCUGCUUUCAGAUCACUGAUGAAUGAUUUGAAAAAGUCUGGUGCACAAUAUCGCUUUUCUCAUGUUGUUUUGAUUUUGAAAAUUCGAAUAGCUGAUGGCAACGGUAAUGAAGAGCAAAAUGAAAGAAGUUAUUCCAAUGUAUCCAGCAAUAAGAGAAAGUUAACUAAGGCGCAAAAAAGGCGCAUUGCAGCGAGUGCAGUUGCCAAUGCCGAUGUUAUAUAUGACAACCGUGAAGAGGAGCUUUUGUUUCAGGGUGACUUACAGUUCGACUAUUUCCAGUACCCGGUUCAAUCAGAUGUAGAAAAAGAUUCCAAAUUUAGUUCAGUCAUAUUAAAAGGUGUCACUUAUCGGCCUUACAGGCGUGUUUGCUUACUUGAUAGUAAUACAUUUUAUCGCUACGUUGAACUUGUUGGUUCAGUGAAAAGCUUUGAUUAA